GCCUCAACAUGGCACCGAAAAAGCAUGGGAAAGGGAAUCUGAAGAGGAAAUCAAAAUCCAAACAUUGUCAAUUAUCUAAGCGGGAAAGAAAGGAAAUAAAAGAAUAUGGUGAAAUUGAUCCACUCAGCAAUGGCCAUGGAAUUGUCUCAAGAGCACGAUAUACAAAGAUGGCUGAUGUCGAAGAUCAUAAGAUACAGGAAACAGACUCAUCAGAUUCUUCCGAAGAGGAAAUUGAUGCCUACCAACAGCUUUUAGCAUCAGUCCAUGGAAAAGCACAGAGCAUCAUAGAGUCUGAUGAGGAUGAAGAAGAGGAGGAAAUCAAUGAAGAAAAAGAUGUAAAUAGUAGGAAUGAGGAGGAAAAAGAGAUGAAAGAUGACAGAGAUGAAAAGGAAGAACUAAGUGACAUGGAAAAUGAAAGUAGUGAAGCAGAAAGUGAAAGUGAAGAAGAGGAGGACAUUGAGGAAGGAGAUGAGAUUCUAGAGAAAGGAGAAGAUGAAGAGGAUUAUGUCCUCAAGGAGUCUGAUCCAUUCAGUGUACAUUUUGAAACAGACUUGUCAGAGAAAUUUGUUGAAGGCUUGAGUAAAAAAGAAAACUGGAAAAGUGAAGAGGUCAAGGUGAAGAAUGUUGGCCAUGGAUCAUUCAUAAGUCCAAAGGACCACAGUCAUUUAGAAAAAGUGAAAUCGCUAGAUAGUGAAAAAGACCUAAAAUGUCUCUAUGUAAAACACAAGCUUGCAGAAGGUGUAGAAAAUGCAAAUAGAAAACUAUGCAAAGUUGAUAGUUUGGGAAAUGGAGCACCAUUGACUCCAUUCCAGUUCUCACUCUUCCGGGUUUUGAAUAAAUACCAGGAUGUAUAUUAUCCAGAGAGAAGCCAUAAAAAUGGAGAGGAAAUACGUCUUGUUUACUGUCUGCAUGCUUUGAAUCAUGUCUUGAAAACCAGAAGUAGAAUCAUUACACACAACACCAGGAUUAAAAUGAAACAACAGAUCACAGGAUUAGAAGAGUAUCGAGAUCAGGGCCUGACUCGCCCCAAGGUUUUAAUUGUCCUACCAUUCCGAGACUCUGCCCUCAAAGUUGUUAACAUCAUGAUGAAGCUGUUGAUGUCUUCAGACCAGAGUCUGGUCAGCAAUAAGAAAAGAUUUCUAACAGAGUACAGUGAAGAAGAUACACCAGAGAAGAAAGUUCCUAAACCAGAAGACUUCGAAGCCACAUUUGCAGGAAAUAUAGAUGACCAUUUCAGGAUAGGACUUGGAGUGGCAAAGAAAACCUUAAAGCUGUACACCAAAUUUUAUGCCUCAGAUAUUGUUUUGGCUUCACCUCUUGGACUGAGAACCAUAAUAGGAGUGGAGGGGGAAAAGGAGAGAGAUUAUGACUUUUUGAACUCCAUAGAACUUCUGAUAUUUGACCAGGCUGACAUUUUUCUGAUGCAAAACUGGGAACACAUUACAAAUUUGAUGUCUCAUCUACACCUUCAGCCACAGGAGGCCCAUGGUGCUGAUUUUUCACGAGUCAGGAUGUGGACCUUGAAUGGAUGGUCCAAAUACUACCGACAGACUAUGAUAUUCAGUUCCCUUGCAACUCCAGAACUCAAUUCUCUGUUUAAUAAACACUGUUGUAAUUAUGCAGGAAAGUUAUCCGUAAACAGAAAGGAAACUAAAGGCACAAUCUGUCACAUAGUCACACAGCUUCCUCAGGUAUUCCAUAAAUUACCCACUACCUCGUACUCAGAUUUAGCGGACGUCAGAUUUGAUUUCUUUCUUAAAAAGAUACUGCCCACUCAGAAGGAUGCUGUGAUGUCACAGACUCUGAUCUUUAUUUCGUCCUACUUUGAUUAUGUCAGAAUACGCAAUUACUUUGUACGAGAAGAUUUGGAAUUUGCCCAAAUAAAUGAAUAUUCAAGCACUAAAACAAUAUCCCGAUCAAGAAGUGAAUUUUAUCAUGGAAAGGUUCACUUCCUAUUGUACACAGAAAGAAUUCAUUUUUAUAGAAGAUUAAAGCUGAGGGGGAUCCGCCACAUCAUAUUUUAUGAGCUUCCUAGGUAUCCCCACUUUUACAGUGAAAUGUGUAACAUGCUACAGGACACUCGCAGACAGACAGACAAGGAGAAUAUGACUUGUACAGUCCUUUAUUCUAGCUUUGAUGCACACAGACUGGCAGACAUUGUUGGCAUGGACAGAGCCAGUCGAAUGAUCAACUCAUCCAAGAAGGCUCACAUGUUUGUAACAGGGGAGGAUUCUUAAGAAUGGUGAAGAAGCUGUGAACUUUCAUCAGAAAUGAUCCUGUUUAUCAGUACUGGAAGGUAGGACUCUGUUCCUUGGUUUCGAGGACCUUGACAAUGUCAUCUUUAAAGCUCUGUUUAAGUUGGACAUACAUGUAUUUAGAACUGAAAAGUAUCAGCAGCUUUCUAAUAAAAUAUGUACAUCCCAAGAUGUGAGGAUUUGUCAACAAGCAGAAAUGGAAGUCUUCUCUUGUCUUCUUUGUAUAUUACUUUUAGACCCAUGUUUAGUGGAUAGAACAAGCAAGAAACUCUGAAACUUUUACUCUCAGAAGUUUCUGAUCUGUGAACCAACAUUUAUUCAUUAAUCCAGUAAAAUG